AUGACACAAGUAGAUCUAGCUGAAGAGCUCAAAAGGCUCAGACUUGAGAAUGAACAGCUCAAACAAAAACUUUGUGUGAAAGAAGCAGAAGAACAAGAGAAAUCCGACUCAUCAGUAACGGACUUCUCAUUAGAUGAAUAUAGAAGAUAUGGUAGACAAAUGAUUGUACCACAGGUUGGAUUUGAAGGUCAAAAGAAAUUGAAAAAGGCCAAAAUAUUAGUUGUUGGAGCAGGUGGUCUUGGAUGUCCAGCUUUGUUAUACCUUGCCGGUGCUGGUGUUGGUAAAAUAGGUAUAGUGGAUGAUGAUACAGUUGAUACAUCAAACCUUCAUAGACAAGUUUUACACACAACUGAUAAAGUCGGUGAAUAUAAAUGUGAAUCUGCCAAGUCAUAUUUGAACAAGCUGAACCCUCAUGUGGAAAUCCAAACAUAUCCUUUCAGAUUAACAACUUGUAAUGCCUUUGAAAUAUUUGAACAAUAUGAUUUGGUGUUGGAUUGUACAGAUUCUCCAUAUUCAAGAUAUUUGAUCUCAGAUGUUGCUGUUAUAACUAGAAUUCCAGUUGUUUCAGGUUCAGGUCUGAAAACUGAAGGUCAGUUAUCUAUACUAAACUUUGAAAAUAAAGGACCAUGUUAUAGAUGUUUCUAUCCAAAACCUCCUCCACCUAAUAGUGUUACUUCUUGUAAAGAUGGUGGUGUUAUUGGCCCAGUGAUCGGUUUGAUGGGUGUUAUGAUGGCUUUGGAAACAAUAAAGGUCAUUGUUGGAUCUUACAAUGCAGAAAAUUUUAAACCAUUUUUGUCAAUAUAUUCUGGUUAUGAUCAACAGAGUAUAAAAACAUUCAAGAUGAGAGGACGUAAACCUGAUUGUUUAGCAUGUAGUGGGCAUUUGACAAGAGAAGUCAUUGCAAGAGGUGACAUAAACUAUGCAGAAUUCUGUGGUGUUGUCAAUUAUAAUGUGUUGAAACCAGAAGAAAGAAUCACCAUUGGAGAAUAUGCUAAAGUUGUUGAUUCAGACCAUGUGCUUAUAGAUGUUAGACCUAAAGAACAUUUUGAAAUAGUCACUUUACCAAAUUCCAUAAACAUCCCCCUUGACCGUUUGAGAAGGAUUCAAAAUAUAGAAGAUUUGGGUUUUGAUUCAACAAAGACCAUUUAUACCAUUUGUCGCUAUGGUAAUGAUUCUCAAUACGCUUCAAGAUUCUUGAAUGAUACUUUUGAUUUAAAGACAAAAGAUGUCAGUGGAGGUUUAUUUCAAUGGUCAAACAAAAUUGAUCCAAAAUUUCCUACAUACUAA